AGAACACACAGAUGUUUAAGACCCACACUUCUCGGAACUUCCUCUGACUUGCUGACUUAUAAGUGAGUAACUUGCACUGGGUUUGUAGUGGGACGGAAGUUCAGAGUGAAAAGUUGGUGCUCUUCAGCCACAGAUUUACAGAAAGAUGGAAAAGACAACGACACCGUAUUAUGAUGAUUAUGUAAACUAUUCAGGUGAACCAAUAAGACCGUGCAACCAUGACAGUUCUAACCUCCUGGGAGCUCAGCUAUCCGUCCUCUACUACUUCAUGUUUGCCUUCAGUCUCCUUGGCAACGGGCUGGUCCUGAUCAUCAUCUACCGCUUCGAGAGGCUGACCACUGUGACCAACAUCUUGCUGCUGAACCUGGUGGCGUCCUCCCUGAUCUUCAUGAGCAGCCUUCCUUUUGUGGCCGUCUACAUGCAGAUCUCUGAAUGGAUUUUCAGCUCAGCUAUGUGCAAGAUUGUCUUCAGUGCCUACUACAUGGGCUUCUACAGCUCAGUUUUCUUUUUAACUCUGCUGACCUUUGACCGACACCUGGCUGUUGUGUAUUCGCUACCUGCUGCUCAUGUGAGGAAUCGACGUUACGCAGUCAUUUCCUGUGCGGUGGUGUGGCUGGUGAGCGGUUUGGCUUGCAUCAGGCCAAUGCUUAUCAUGAACAAGUUUAAACACUUUGACAACAAGACAUAUUGUGAAGAGUAUCCCAGUCACCUCCCAAAUAUAGAUGUGAUAAAGCUGAGAAAUGCUGGAUUUUACAUUCAGCUUUUUGUUUUCCUCAUCCUCCCUCUGGCUAUUAUUAUCUACUGUUACGUCAGGAUCACAAUCACAGUCAUAUCAUCUAAAAUAGCUACUAAAUUCAAGACAGUCAGACUGAUCUUCAUCAUCGUACUGCUGUUUUUUAUCUGCUGGACUCCUUUCAACAUAAUAGAGCUCCUGCAUGGUAAACUCACAACCUGUGAUGGUAAACAGAAACUCAGUCAUGCUGUUCAAGUCACCCGCAACAUGGCAUACUUUUACUUCUGCAUCAGUCCAAUCUUUUACACAUUCGUAGGGAGAAAAUUCCAGAACUACUUCAGGCAUCUUUUGGUUAGUCGUUUCCCAAGCUUGAAGAAGUACAUUUCUGUUGUUGAAAUCAGCAGAAAUAACACAUCUACCAAAGGGACUGAGGUUAGUGACGGGAGGGGAAGCUGGAGCUUAUUAAGACAUCAGACAGAUAAGAUGACAAAUCAACAUGGGAAUGUAUAAGAAAAGCAUUAGUUAGUUGAAAUGAGUAUGAGUAUGAGUAUUAGAAAAAAAACAUGUUUACUAAACUUGGCUGGAAUAAUAUAGUUUUGGAAUGAAUUUGCAAUUCUAGACCUUCUGUAGAUUUUCAUUCAUAACUUCCAGAAAAAUAAAUUAUGUGAAUUCAAAAUGGUCUUAAAAAGGCAGUAAUCUGUAAAGAAAUUUAAAGUAAUGUGAUGUGUAAAACGGGCAACACAGUGGCGCAAUUGGUAGCACUGUUGCCUUGCAGCAAGAAGGUCCUGGGUUCGAUUCCAGCCCUAUGGUCUUUCUGCUUAUACAGUACAUGUUCUCCCUGUGCAUGGUGGGUUCUCUCAGGGUACUCCGGUUUCCUCCCACAGUUCAAAAAACACGACUGUCUGGUUAAUUGGUCUCUCUAAAUUCUCCCUGGGUGUGAGUGUGUGUUUGUCCUGUCUGCGUUGCCCUACGACAGACUGGCGACCUGAAACAGUCUGUGUGUGGGUACGUGGUACUUUAACUGACCCCCACAGUCCAAAAACUUUGCUGUUGGGUUAACUGGGCCCUAAGUUGUAGCAAGAAGCCCUUUCUUCCUAAAAAUCACCUAAAAGUCUCUCAGAAGAAUGUAUUGACAUCUGAGUAAACCAAACUUUAACUUUGUGUAUGAAAACAGCAGCACACUGCUAACACCAUAGCAUCUUGUUCUGAGGUUACCUUCUCUCCGAGGUCGCUAAACAUUUGCCAAAGUGGAUGUAAUCAUGACCAGUUCUAAAUAUUUGUCUGUUUUAACCUAAAUUUGUCAGAAGAUCUUAGUUUGAGGAUAACCAUCCAAGAAGCUGUGUCUACAAGAGUUUUACAAAAAGGAACGUAAAGUUUGUCUUUAGGCAACUUGCCAAUCAUUGAGGAACAACUGCUGACCAACACAAACUGGAUUCUAUACAUAGUUUGAUAAAAACAUGUUCCAUGUUUAUUUUUGGCACGCUUGUUGCAGUUCCACUCCUAAAUAGUGGGCAUCAUCGUGGACAAAGCACAACGAUGACUUGUCAUUCUCAAAACAAAAUGUCAACGUUCACUGGAACAAAUCAAUGCCAAUUUUUAAAACCUUAUGACUCAAGAGGUGAUUCAGAAACUGUCACUUACUAUUACACCUGCUGUACCGGCACCGGUAUGAGUCGAUGAAUGUUAACAUUCCGAAUGUACAGAUGUAAAUGAAUCUGUAAAUAGCUUGUGAUUUUCUCUCUUUUUUAGUGUUUUGGGUUGAUCUGACUGAAAUGACUGUGAAGAGAUUUCUUUAUUAAACUGAUCUUGACUUUGCUGUUUGGUAACCAGGAUUCAUUUAGAAUGUCUAUAUUUGAAAUCUCUGAUUUGAUUGAGGUGACUCUUUUUGUUUCGUGUUGUAAAGCGCUUUGAGACGUGUUGUGAAUUGGGGCUAAAUCUGUAAGUAGUUCGUGAUUAUAGUUGUAGAUUCUUUUCAACAUUGAGCAUUGACUUCAACCUUUUACACAUUUGUAAUGCUGUGGAUUAUAAUAUGUUGUUUAUUAUUGUUUGAUUUACAACUUUGGCAUCUUGUGUUUUUGUGUGUAAACAUCUAUUGUAUUUUCAAAGACCAUUAUUUUGUUGGCAGUUGCCAACAAGUUUUGAUUUUGUACUUAAAUUUGAUUGUUUUGU